AUGAAAAUUAGAAUCAAAAGCGUUGUUGAUGAAGAUGUCAGCAUACAAGGAGCUGCCAUGAAGAAAUUAAAAGCUAUGUUAUUAAGCAGAUAUUAUGAGAUUGUUUUGUUGUGGUUUGACAUACAUCGACAUAGGGUAACUAAGUCUCUUAUAAAUCACUGUAAAUGUACCGAUCCAAACUGUUUGGAGGACAUAUAUUCGUUACACUUUGAGUAUCGUUUGUGGAAUAGAGAUAUUGCCGCUGUCCUGAACUUCCGAAAUAUACUUAAAAAUCUGAGAUAUGAUGGUACCAUACCUGUUGAAAAAGCUAAGAAAAAUAUGUUUUGGUUUGACUGCAAAAGACAUGGUGGAGUAGAAAUUGGUGCUUCAUUAAAAUUCAACUACAAGACACUUUAA